AUGUUUCCUGCUAUAUCAUCUCUUAAAAAAUUGCUUAAUAUUACAUAUAAUGCUCAAAUUAAUAUAAAUCUUGAUGAUUCUAAUACAGUUUUUGAUGAUGAUCAAGAAUUUCAAGAAGAAAUUGAUCUCAUAGAUGAACCUGAAGUACUUAAUACUGAAUUUGAAACAAAAAUCAAUCAAACUAAAAUUAAUAUUCCACAAGUCUGUAAUGGUAUGGUUGAAAAUAUAAAAAUUACAUUAUUUAAUGCUUUAAAUUACUAUUGGGAAUAUCCAAUUCGUGAAGCUCUUCUUGCAACACUCCUUGAUCCUAGAAAUAAAAAAAUGGAAUUUGUGACUUAUUCUCAAAGACUUGAGGCUGAAGCAUAUUUAGUGGCUGAGUAUAAAGUAUAUAAAGAGCAAGAAUCAAUACUGACAAAUACAGUACAAAUGGAUAACCUUGAAGAGGAAGAAAAUGUCUUGUUAGCUGUUAUGUAUGAACCUAUUCAAGAAUCUGAUAUUAAUAAUGAAAUUCAAACUUAUCUUGCAUUGCUGAAAAUUCCAAGUACUCUUUGUCCUUUAAAAUGGUAG